AUGUGGGAUGAUGUUGAGCUUUUGGCAAGUGAUGAUACAGGGAGUGGGCAACUCCGUCUACAUUCCAGGCAAGAAUGUGGAAGCGCGCUGUAUCAGAUGAAUACGCUCCUUAAAGUCACCUCAUCUGAAAAGGUUUUGUCUAACCCAGAGUUAUAUGCGAGCAGUUCGAGUGAUGGCUGUGUGCUGGUGGCUGACAGAACAGUGGUCGUCCUUGACGAUAUUUGCCAGUCUCUUCGGAUGUUUAUUCAGUUUGAGGCUGAGGUGGAUGUUGUCGGCUUGUGUCAAGAAGGACAGUUUCUUGUGUCUGGGGAGAGAAGUGGCAACCUACAUCUUAUUCAUGUAUCAUCGAAGCAAACGUUGCUAACUAGUAGGUUGGUUCAAAGAUCUUCAAACAGUAGAACUUAUUUGGGUCUUAUUCUAAGAAAAGACAGUUCUGAUGGAGGUACCUAUCAUGCGUUUAUUCUCACAAACAAUGGUUUUUUCUGUAUUAUGCACCUCCCACUUGCCAGAACACAGGAAGCAAUUGACAAGAUGGACAUCGAUGCUGCAAAGAAGUUACAAGCGCAGGUGGACACAUGUUUUAUUUCAACAGAAGACUAUCAUACGGUUGGCUGCCUUACUUUCGUAACCGAGCACACAGCAGACAGGAUCACUCUGAUAAUAGGGGGUGUAGGUGAUUGUGUGAUGUCUGUUUGGGAAGUGAAGCCUAAUAAAAAGCUGAUCUCUAUUCAAAAUGUUGUUGAUUCAAGUAUGAUGAAAGCUGCAAAUAAGCUUCAGGUUAUCGACAGCUUGUUAUUUGUCUUGGAUAAUGAGAAUGUAUUGUCACUGUGGGAUGUUCACUCUCUUACCAUGGUUUGGGUCUGCCCUACAGUUUACAUUGAAGAAUUUCUUCUGACAUCAGAAUCGGAUUUUUCAGCAGUUGCAUGCCAAGGGAUUGCCAAUCUUAAACUGGUUGCUUUGACAAAACCCGAUGCUGAAAAACAGACAAGGAACAUUGUGGUUUUUUCACUGCCUGCGAUACACCAGCUCUACUCUUUGGAAGUUGCGCACGUUUCUUCACUGGUUCAAAGUGGCAUCAAUACGGAUACAAUAUACAUUUUGGAAGGAAUGUAUGAAAAUAACGAAAAGUCUUCUGACAUACCCAUUUCACUUCUGGUAAUGAGAUGCUUAACGGAAGCCUUACCUGAGAACAGACUGAGCCGUCUACUUCACAAGCACAAGUUUACUGAGGCUGAGAAUUUUGCUGUUCUGUUUGGACUGGAAGUUGAGCUUGUUUACAAAGUAAAAGUGAGCUUUAUUUUGGAGAAGCUGGUUACGGAAUCUGCUGAGAACAAUGGUCACUCAGCCUGGUUAGAACUUGUGGCUCAAGCUAAAGAAACCCUGAAUAAAAUAAAGGACAGCUGUUUCGUGGCUGAGUAUUGCAUCAAUACCCCCUGGCCAACGUAUGAAACUGCUCAGGAAAUGUUGAACUAUGCUCGAAGCAGGGUCCUGAAGAGAGAGGAUGCCAUGGUUGUUCCUCUUUGGGCUGGGAACCCAGCAUCUCUUACAGAGGUGAUGCAGGCACAAGCCAGACUAACUACGUUUUAUGGAGCAUUUGGGCCGGAGAAAUUCAGUGGAACUGCUUGGUUUGAAUUUCUGAAUAAUAAGAACAUCUUCAAGGAGAUCCUUUUACAGCUAAAAGAAGGAAAUCUCUCUUCUGCCCAGUAUCUCUGGCUAAGACACCAGGCAGACUUCAAAAGCAGCUUUAGUGUGGAAAUGCUGGAUAUCCUGCUAGCCACAGUCUCUGGGACAGUUUACUUCAAAGAACUGUGUCUGUGGUUUAAGGAUGUGAUCAUUCCUUUCAUAAGGCAGGUUCUACCUCAAGGACAGAAAAGAAUAGCAAAGUGGCUUGAAGAAGGCGCACGAAACCUUGAGUUAACUGAUAAGGCCAAUUGGCCAGAAAAUGGACUUGAAAUGGCACAGGUGUUCUUUAGCAACAAAGCUCCAGGUGAAAUUGGAUUGCCAUCUUCUUGCCGCUGGGUUCCUUUGAAGGACAAUGACAACAAGGAAGUCCGUAGUCUAAGAGAAUUGGUCAGUGCAUUACAGGGCUUGGUAGACCUCUAUAGAAAAUACAACUGCAGGCUGGCCCUCUGUGACUUUGAAAAGGAAGACGCAAAUACAAUAGUGUUUCGCAUGUUCGAUAAAGUUCUGGCAGCAGAGCUUAUUCCAUCAACUUUAAAGAAGUAUGUUGAACCGUACAUGUGCCAUCAUAAUCUAGAAAAAGAUGAAAUUCUCUUGCAAUACAUAAAGGACCUGCUACAACGGUACUGCACACGGUCGACCUCUGUCUUUGACACUACCUGGGAAGCAAAGGCCAGAGCCGUCUUGGGCUGCAUGUCCAACACAGAUCUGAUCUUUGAAGGGGUCCUGGCAAUAAUGUACAGUGCUGUGGUCCCCUGGAGUCCAGGAAUGGAGCAGUUGGUGCAACAAUACCUGGACAUGGAUCAUGCCAAAGUGAAGCUGGUGCAAGAAGGUUACAGACUCAUGGAAAUGAAGAAACUUUUGCGGAGCUAUGGAAUAAGGGACACCAGUCUUUUAAACGAUAAACAGAUGAUAGUGAUGUUGGUGAAGUACAUUCUUAAACAAGACACCCCUUCUUCUUUGGAAGAUGCUUUGAAAAUAGUAAAUGCUUAUAUGUUGUCCACCGCAGAAGUCUAUGUUUGGAGGAUAGUGGACCUUAUUCAUAAAGGAGAGGGGGAAGAUGUCGUAGAUUUGUUAAAAUCUCUACCUUCUGCGGAAGCUCUGGAAACUGCAGAGCGAGUGUUGAUAUGGGGACGGCUGGCGCUGGAGGAAGACGGGGAGGACCGUGAAGAGGAGCAGAAAAUGCAGCUGUGUGUGAAAAAGAUCCUUGUGGAGAUCCUCAAAUUCUUGCUUACUCACCAGAAAGAAAAUCUUUUAAAGAAAGCAGAGUAUGAAGCAGAUUUAAAACUAUAUAAAACUCUUGCAGCCUUGCAGGAGCAUUUUGAGAUCUGCCUUUCAGUCACAGAUUAUUGGAAUCCAUCACUAAUAAUUCAGCUCCUUGAAGAAAACAUUAAAAACUAUGAAAGAAUCGGGAGCUCUAGAAAAAUGCAAGAACAGGACGCCAGUGUGGAGGGCAGCAGCAGAAAGAAACCGUUGACUCAGCUGAGACUUUACAGGCUGGGUUCGCUUCUGCAACGGACAGAACAUGAGUUGGGGUCCGAGCUGGUGCUGAGAGCAUUGGAUACUGGAAACGUUGAAGAGGCGCUAAAGAUAUGCAGAUAUUUCUAUGACUAUUACCACGACGAGCCGACAGGACAGUUGCUGCUUCUGGCAUGUCAAAGGCUUUGUCACAUGUUAGGUUCUGAUAGUCUGAUGGUUAUGCCCGAAGGAUUAAAUCUCCCAGCUGUGAUCCAUGAGAUGGCGCGCCAAGCAGCUACACUCUGCAGCCCAGAUCUUUCCUUAGAUUCGUUGGAACUUUGUAAAUAUACCUCAUUUGCCCAUGAAAUUUAUGGAAAGUGCCAAAUUGAAGACUAUGGGUUUAUAUCAAAGGCAACCUCCUUUGGAGCUGACAAAGACCCUUACGUAGAGUGGACGUUCUGUGACUAUUUCACCGAGGAUGGGGCUGUGCUGGACCUCCCCACUGUGCUGCCUUUUGCAUUUGAAAUGACGUCUUCCAUUGUGCCUCCAGCAGAGCGGAAGAUGUAUCCACUAGACUCUACCAGUCUGGCAUAUUGUCCAUUUGAACAAGGAAAGAGUAUUUGCUACUCAUGCAGGAAUCCCAUCUCUGUUCUGCUGAACAGCCUGCAAGAAUGUAGUCAAUAUGAGCUGGCUUUGGGGCUCAUUAUCGCCUCUUUCGGGUUGUUGUUUCAGCACAUGGUGACCAACAAUAUGGAUAUUGGUCUGAGUGAGAAGCUGCAUGACCAGGAAACACAAGAUGGUGCCAGAGCGUUCCUCUUUACCAUGAUGCAGAGUUCCACUUCACAGAUCAAAAGCAUCGUUAUGGCCCUACUGCACAAGGUUUUCAACAGUCAGCUGAUAGACCUCAGUCUUGCGCUGGGCUACUGCACUCUGUUGCCCAAAGGAAUUAUAUUUUCAAAGCUCUGGGAUGUCGUAAACAAAACACCACAAAAUUACAGUAAGAGUCUGGCCAUUGGACUGGUUGGAGCACAGCUGGCCAGUCACUAUGAAGAGACAAAAGAGAAACAAGCGUUUGAAGAAUUAGUCACUGCGGCUGAAUGGGGUAUACAGCUCGGUAAACUUGGGAUCUCUUUUCAGAAUGUCUUUACAAUGCCGUCAGUGAGGAAGAAAGAACUUCUAAGAACAUUGGUUCAGCAUCCGAAUAUAGAUACAGAUCUCAUAUUAAAAUACUGCCGCACGUUCCUGUUGGAUACUGACACAGCGUUGCAGCUCUGCAUCGAAGCGUGCCUCCAGAGCACCAGUGCAAGUCCGGCUGAAGGAGAGCCUGUGGGGGACCCUGGGAAGCAGCCAGCCCAGGCCUCAGCAGUGGCCAGAGCUGCGGAAAUAAUCCCCCUCCUGAGCAACACCGGCGGGUUGGUUGCAAGUCUCAGCGCGAUGCUCCAGAAGCUUGAUCCAUACGACUACGAAACUAUUGAAAGUCUUCUGAUGGUUAUGGAAAGGGCUGGUGGGGAGGCAGCGGACAUCCCGUUGAAUCAGGCCCUGAUGCUCAUUAAACACCUGAAAUCCUACCGAAGGACGUCCGCACCUGGAGAGUUGGAACAGCAGUUUGCCCUUGAACAAGCGGUCCCUCUGUCGCCAGCGGCUCAGAUGAGGCUGCCCUUCCACCUCAUCUUCUUCAGAACGUCACAGUGCUUCUGGAAAGUCAUUUCUGUAGAGCUCAGUGAAGAAUCAUUCCCAAACCUUCUUUUGAUCUCCAAACUGAUGAAGGUCUCGCUGGACGUCCUCUACGUGUCUACAGCCACCCACGUGUUCCAAGAAAAGCUGAAGCCGAAAAUGUUGGACAAGACGAGAACUGGAUGUUUGCUGGUGGCUAACCAGGAGAUGGCCAAACCCAUACAGACCAUCCAGUCUUGCCUGCUCUCUAUCGCUAACCCAGAAUGGGCCACCGCCCUUGCCUACAAGAUCGCUCAAGAUAUUCCCACAGGGCCCAUCAAAGUCGAGGCUUUGAAAACCUGUCUCAGCUUAGCUGAAAAAUGGCUGAAGAAUACAACUGUGACGGAUGAGUCUCGCGAGAAGGCCCGCCUGCACCUGAAGAAGCUGCAGGGGCAACACCAGAGAUCCGCGACCGAGGCUGUGCUGACAGCCCACGCGCUGGACUCGGAGGGCCACCGGAAGCUCCUGGGGAAGCCAGCCAACCUGGUUGUCCUGCUGUAUCAGCACAACAGCAUCGUCGAAAGAGUUCAGAAUCCAGUGGGCGGAGAUUACCCAGAUAUCCAUGCUGCAGCUAAGGAGAUCGCUGAAAUUAACAACCUCGAUAUGAAGAAAAUAUGGGGCUUGUUGCUAGAAAGGUGGCUGUUUCCAAAUGUACUCCCAGCGGAGAAAACGCCCGAGGUCUCUGACAGCAUCCAAGAAGACGAAGACCUCAAGAGAGUUCUGUACCUCCUUCAGCUUCACCCAGUAGAUUACUGCUUAAGAAUCCUUUACGAAUGUACAACAUCUGCAACGUCGCCUAUUGGGCUCACCCAGCUGACCUUUGCUCACAGAAGCCGGGCCCUCAAGUGUCUGCUCUACUUGGCUGAUCCUUGCGCCAUCGAGUCACUCUUCAAAAAGCCCAUUCAGAAAGUGACGCAUUUCCUGAAGUGCUUAAUUUACCUCAGUGAACUUGAAAUUCUGAAUGUUCCCUACACCUACGAGUCGUUCCAUAGCACUCCCAAGGAAGGAAUGAUCAAAGGAUUGUGGAAAAAUCACAGCCAUCAACCCAUGGCUGUGAAAUUAGUGGCAGAGCUUAGUUUGGAUUACAAGGUGCAUGAUCCCCAACUGUGGAAUGGGUUGCUGCAGAAGCUAAUGAGCUUUGAUAUGAUCCAUUAUAUGAGGAAGGUUUUAGCAGAGAUUACUGAGGUCUCUUCGUUAUGGCAGAUUCCAAACUUCAGCCGAGCCUGGCGAAGUGCUGUUCUGGCACCGUGUCUCUCAGCUUCAUAUCCACCAAACACUAGUCAACAGGAAGCAUGCUAUGAGUCUUUCAAAACGCUGUUGAGGUGUCCGGUCCUGGCUGAUCUUGAUCUAAUUGGGAUUGCAAAGCAGUAUGCCCAGUUAGACCAGCUGGCUUUGGCGCUAGCGUGUCUGUUGCUGAUUCCUGAGCCUGAGAAGAGAGCUCAGCUGAUUGAGGCCUUCCUAGCCUCGUGUCAGCUGGAGACUGUGUUGCCGCAAGUGGAAGAGCACCUGAGCCUGGGAGAAGCGGCUGGCUUUGCUUCACAGAUAAGGAGUUUGAUUCUGGAGCACAUCAUAAAUAAGAAAUACGAAGAGUCUGCAACUGCAAAGUACUUCACAUUAUUGAAGUUCAGGGAGCUGGGUCCUGGCAGAGUGAAAGGCCUGGUGGGAAAACUUGUGGAUAAGAACAGGAUGGAUGAUGCAGCAUCCCUAAUAACAGAGUAUCUAAAAAAAUCUGGAAAACCUCUUCCACCAGACACGUCACCUUCAAAUGUUGUAAAGAUGUACUUCAGUGGUGAACUGGCAUAGAUCUCUAACAACUCCGGGAAGAACAAGACAUUUUC